ACGUGGUCAAUGUUCUAGAUCUGAGAUAGCUGUUGGGUUGAGUGCGCAUAGAUUAAGAGAUUACUAGGUUUUGAAUUGUGUGAGGUGAUUAGAAAAUUGAAGGUUGAGAGGACGAUUGUGAAUUGGAAGCACAGAGAGGAAGCACAGAGAGAGAUCUGGAAGAUGAAGAUGAAGAUGAGGACGGCGACGAAGAUUGGGCUGCUGUCGUUACUAGCAGGUGUACCCGCACUUGCCCUCUUUUCAGUACAAGAUGACGUUCUAGCAUAUCCCCAGUUCAAAGUCUCAAUGACAAACGAAUACAUCUCCGACUCAGACGCCUACACUCUUCUCCACUCUGCCGACAAAUCUACAGAGACAUACGAAUCAAUGAUGUUGAAAGGACAAAGAUAUCUGUGUGCGCUGCCGGUCGUGCAGCAGCAGCAGGGCGGGAUGAAUGAGUCUGCGAGCGCGCUGACGAAGGCGGAGGAGGAGAAGGAGCUUGCGAGGGCGGAGAGGAGUGGGUGGGAGCUUUUGGAGCCGUUGAGCGGGACUUGCAUUUAUUAUGUGGCUGGGUGGUGGACGUAUGCGUUUUGUCAUAAGAUGGAGGUGCGACAAUUCCACCAGCUCGCUCCGCAAAAGGGAAUGACGGUCUACCCGCCAAAAGAAGAUCCGAAUAUCCAACCCUACCUUCUCGGCCGCGUGCCCACAGACUCCUCCGCUCUCGAUGACAAUGGAGAACUGCGCGUCGGCGGCGAGACCUCAGUGCAGUCCGCAGGCGAAGUGCGCUACCUCGUGCAAAAGAUCGGCAGCGGAAGUAUCUGCGAACUAACCGGCCGCGAGCGCAAGAUCGAGAUCCAGUUCCACUGCAACCAAAACUCGAACGACCGGAUCGCGUGGAUAAAAGAGGUGACGACGUGCUGCUACCUGAUGGUGAUUCAUUCGCCGCGGCUGUGUCAGGAUCCGGCGUUUUUGCCGCCGAAGGAGGAUAAUGCGAAUGAGAUUAAGUGCGUGGAGGUUGUGGGGGAGGAGGAGGUCGAGAGGAGGAGGGAGGAGAGGGAGGGUAUGGCUGUGGAUGGGGUUGAAAGGGAGGGGGAGAUUACGGAGGAGUCGACGGACGCGACUACAGACGCAAGCGACGACGACGAAGUAUCAACUACGGUAGACUCCACAGAAGGAACCACAGGACUUCCUGAGGAAGCAAGCACGACAGCAGCAAGCAAAUCAAACUACCGCCCGCCGCGAACCGGCCCAGACCUAGAAACCUCUGCGAUGAUGCUGAUCCGGGACAUUGAGCGGCAGAUCGCUGCCGGCACGCUGCUGACGCCGCAGGGCGAGGUAGCUACCGAUGCCGACGAGUUUUCGUUCCUCGUCGCGCUCGAGGAUGUGGAUGGGCAGGUUAUCGGGAUUGUUACCGUCAAGGUCGCGGAGGGGGAGGUUGCGGUUGAGAUUGAGAAUACGCGGGCGGCGGGGGGUGAAGGUGGUGGGGGAGGUGGGGCGGGGGCGGGGAAGCAGCGGGAGGAGGAGGGGGUUAUGAGUCGGAUUUCGAGUGAGUUGAUGGAGGAGUUGAGGGAGUUUUCGGGCGGGUUGGCGGCCGAUGAGUCGUUGGAUGCGGAUGAGGCGGAGGAGACGGGGGAGGAUAAGGGGGAGUUGUGGGAGGAUGGUGAUGAGGAGGAGGAGGAGGAGGAGGAGGAGGAUGAUGAGACGGAGACGAUAUUGAUUUUUAUGUAGUUUAGUUACAGAUGUGGGAAGUGUUAGUAAUAUAGUAAGUAUACAAUGCACGUGUUGUUUGUUUGUUUGUUUUGAUGGAAAGAAGACGAGGACGCGUCAGGACGAGCCAAGACAGGUUCACAAGCCGAUCACAGAAGCAGAUGAAGAGAAGAAGCUUAAAAGGAGGAAAGUUCACGAAGGUGCAGAGGCCGGUGGCUGGGUAGGAAUGUUCAAUCUCGGUCGGAGGCAGGGAUGGUUUUGGAUAGCGAGGAAUGGAGGGUAUACGGCGGGACGUGGUAGUGAACAGAGUAGUUGGGUGGUGGUAAACAAAGGAUGGGAAGAAGAGUAAACAAAGAGUCGAGUACCGCUCAGCCACGGCAGAGCCAAGAUUCGGAUCAACGGUUUGUUGUUGUUAUUUAUCAUCUGUUGUUGCAGUAAGCCACGUCUU